GAGAUCAAAAUGGAAAGACAGGAGGGGGUCCAAAUGCAGAAGGGAGAAGACGACGGCGAAGAAGAAUAAAGCACCCAAAGCAGCUAAAAGUAUGCAUAUUUUCAUCUUCUGCUUCCAAUUCGCUCGUCAGAUAACUUAAUUCACUUGGAUUAUUCAUGUUUAAGCUCUAAUUACUUAAGGAAAGACAUUGCUAAUUGAUGGAUUUUGAUGGUAGGAUUAUCAAGAAGAAGAGGCAGUGUUAUUUGAUCAUAUUGGAGUGAACAGUGGAUAGAUUAUGAAGAGAUCUUCGUCAUGCAAAAUCUACCAUCGACCUGCAGGAACUUUAACACCCUUAAUGGAAGACCCAAAUCUUGAUUCCCUUUUGGGUGCUGAUAGCGAUCACCAUCGUAAUGUACAAGUAACACUACUACGAGCAAGAGCAGGAAAAUCCAAUUAUAGUAAGAAUAGAAAGAAGCUAAUUGGUGCUUGGAAAUCUUUUGCUGUGUGCACUGCUGCAUCCAAGUUUAGACCAGAUUUGGUCAAGGUUUUGCUUGGUGUUUUGGGAUGUCCUCUUGCUCCAGUUCCCCUGUUACCUGACCAUUCUUCACCGCCAUCAACUCACUGCCAUCCUCUUCCUGAUCUUCGUGGAAUCUCAAUCGGAGCUUCGUCAGCUUAUUAUAUCAUACACCAAUACUUGGCAGCAACUGGGUGCUUAAAACACGAUAAGAUUUCUACGAACAUGUAUGCAACAGGUACUGUCAAGAUGGUAUGUCAUGAGACAGAGAUUGGGAUAGAUAAGGGGAGGAGGUCAAGGAGUAGAAUUGGAGCUCGUGUUAAUGGUUGCUUUGUUAUAUGGCAAAUGAAUCCUGGAAUGUGGUCUAUGGAGCUGGUGAUCCAAGGAGGUAAUAAAGUCGUCGCCGGAAGUAAUGGGAAGAUUGUGUGGAGAAACACACCUUGGCUUGGUACGCAUGCUGCAAAAGGUCCCCCUCGUCCACUACGCCGCAUUAUUCAGGGUUUAGAUCCAAAAAGCACAGCAAAUCUAUUCUCCAAAGCAGAGUGCUUAGGUGAAAAGCGUGUAGGGAAUGAGGAUUGCUUCAUACUAAAAGUGACAUCAGAUCGAGACGAUGUAAUGGAGAGAAGCAACGGUGGUAAAGGUGAAGUAAUAAGACAUGUAUUAUAUGGUUACUUUAGUCAGAAGAGUGGGCUACUGAUACACAUGGAGGAUUCACAUCUCACUAAAGUACUAUCAGUAAAGACCCCAGUGGGGAAUACUGAUUAUGAUGCUGAUAAUGACGAUGCAGAGGGAAUAAUAUAUUGGGAGACAACAGUUGGGACAAGUAUGAGAGAUUAUAGAGAUGUUGAUGGUCUCUUAAUUGCUCACCAGGGAACAUCUGUUGCUACACUGUUUCGGUUCGGAGAGUCGUCAUCAACAAUGAUCAGAAACAGCAGGACUAGAAUGGAAGAAGUUUGGAAGAUUGACGACAUCAUGUUCAAUGUGCCUGGGCUUUCCCUUGAUUACUUCAUUCCUCCAUCCGACAUUCGUGAUGCCGCCAAUCUUCCUAAUUAGCCAACUGCUAUGAUACACUAGUAGUUAUAGUUUACUUUGUCUUCUUAUCUGAACAUUCUGAUGUUGCAAACAAAAUGUACAAAACAUAAACAUAAAUGAAUAUGUAAAAUUAUAUAAGAAUAAUAUAGAGAUCUGAACAAGAAAAGCUAGAUCUUUGGUCCUAAGGAAAA